AUGCUUCCCACAAACGCAGAUCCGAAAGACAUUACCAGCAUUACGUUAACCCAACAAACAGGUCAACGCAAAACAAUUGCUUUGAGUGGAAAAACACCUGAAAAUCCAACACGUCAUUUGCGUGGCGAUAAGACUUUUCAAGUUCCGGAAAGUGAGAACAUUAAGCGAAAGUCAGUUCCAAUGUUGUUUGGGGACAUUUCGUUUCCGAUUCCAGUUGAUCCCGACACACUGACAACUGAAUCAUUAGAUAUCUCAACCACUGAAGCGCCAGUGGCAACGGAUAACCAGUCUUUAACCAUUACCGCGCCAACUUCCACCGGGAGCCAGUCACCAACCAAACCAACGUCAACUUUCAGCAAGAUCCAGACAUCAACCCAAACCACGGCCAAUACCAUCACGGCUUCCACCACAGCUUCAACAACUACCACCACAGAAAAAAAAGGGUCAAACUCGACCGAAUCAACGCCUACAACAACACAUAAAUCUUCAGCAGCAUCCACCACAGUGACAAAAUCAACAACCUUUGCCGCGGUGUCGACAACCAAUGGACAUACAUCGAAGUCGACGCCGACACCUUCAGCGAUUUCAACUACCAUAACCACAUCAGAAGUAACUAGUUCCGAUACAACUACUGUUUCGCCUAAUUUAUUCGAACAAACAACGACGGCAUCGGAGCCACCCUUAUCGAGCACAUUGUCAGUUGCUCCAUCAACGACUGAGGAACCUUCGACCACCGUGUACUCGAUACCAAACCUUCCCCCUCUGUUCCCGGUUUCCGGUAGAGACAGCAGUUCAGAAGAAAACGACGAUGAUGACGACUUCUGGACAGACCUUUUCGCCGACGACGAUGACUCUAGCUGGAAUUUCUGGCUUCACAAUGGUAAAGCAGAGGAUAGGUUCUGGUGGGACAGUAUGGUAGGAGAUGUUCUUUCAAAUACUAUCCAGGAACCGACAGUUAUGAACAUAUCGAGCGAGAAGCUGAAGGAAAUCCCUAGAGCUCAACUUCCUAACCUUGGGAUGGUGCAAAAAAUAGAAGCACCUGUUUCUAUAAUGGAGGCCAGGCGACUGCAUGCGGAUAUUGAGAGGGAUCUAGACAUCAUGUACUUUAACACAAAAAGUUGGCUCGGUGCUUUUGCUGCGGCACAAGACUUGAAGCAAAAGGACUUGAGAAAACUUAAGAUAUUAGACCGAUUAAUAAACGGGAUGAACGACAAAUUGUCCAGGCAGUUUCUUCAGUAUUUUCCGGAAAUGUCGAGCAUGCAAAUGUCGACAAGAGGAGGACAUGACGGAAAUGUAGGGAGUUCAUACGAAAGCGAUGCCGUGCCUCUCGUCGGAACAUCGUAUGUUUUCCCGCCUAUCCAUGCUACUAAAACUGCAUUUGAAGACACCGUUCCAGAAGACGCCAACCAAGCGAAAUAA